AUGAGCUAUUCUCCACGUUCGAAUUUUAGUUCAGAUCAACCACCACAACAAUCACUUGUACGACCACAAUUUCUUUCAUAUGGAAUACCUCCUUCAAGAGAACGACAACAACAUGAAUUUUAUGAUAAUCAAAAUACUAUGGUACAACAAUUACAAACUCGCACAUUCAAUACGGGAUUCCAAAACACUACUGCUCAACAAUCUUCGAGUACAUUAUCAUCUAUUAGCUCAUCAUUGACUAUUGGCACUGUACCACCUGAUGAUGGAUAUUAUAUAAUAACACAAAUUCGUAGUGCAGCUGAAUUUUAUGGUCUUUCUCAGGAUCAUCAACUUGAAUUUGAAGUUCUAUCUAAAGAACUUGAACGAUAUUAUAAUAAUUCUGUCAAUAAUCAAUCAUUAACUGUACCUGUUAUUUUGGAUGACAUUUCUUUCUUUGUUAUUUUCUUUUUAAUUAUACAUCGUGAAAAUGGAUCAAAAGUAUUAGUUAAAUUAAUUGAUUCUGGUGAUGAAAUUGUUGUUAAUACAUCAGAAUUAUUACAAAUUGAUAAAAAAUUUUGUACAAUACCAGCAUUGUUCAAACAUUUUAUUUACAUGGUUAUGAUGAAUCGAUAA